AUGAUCACGUCGCCGCUGCUGCUGGAGUUCGCGACGUGUACGAGCGUUCCUCACCUGGCCUGGCUGCUGCAGUCGCUGUCGUUUGAUCGGCUGAUCAACAAGUGCACGUUCUCCGACCCCAAUUUCGGCUUUUCGUGGUUUGCGCUGAAGCGAACGCCGCUGGACAGCGCGGAGGAAGUCAUGAUGGCGGCGAUUCGCGUGGUGGCGGUGCAUGUGGCAGUCAACGCCACGGCGUAUUAUGCUGCCAUGCAGGAGCUGGCGGCGAGGAAGCUUCGGGAACGGCAGGAAUCGCGACGCUUGUUUCAUUCGGUGUUUCCCAUGAAUGAAUGGAAGCAGUGCAUGGAGAGCAGCAUGGCCGAUGGGUCGAAGAGCGAGAUUGUGAGGUUUCCGAAGGAGCCGGAGGGGGAGGAAGGGGUAAAGAAUGAAAAUUCGGUCCGAUGCGGAUGUCGAAGUGCGCGAUUAGGGUUUGCGGUGAAGCCGAUUUGUUUUUGCUUGCCCGGUGAAAACUUGACAAUGAGAAAGCAGUUGAAAGUGCUGUUUGGUACUGUUCAGGUGGAAGGUUAG